UUCGUGCUGUUUGUUUUGUUUUAUCAAUACCUUCUCUUUCACCUGGGGAACGAGAUCAUUCGCACGCAACGGCAAAGAAACCUCUCUCGUGGCCAUGGAUUUCGGAACCUGUAUUUAGAAAUUCACAAAGCGAACAAAAAAAAAAUCAAAGAAAAAAGAAAUAGAAACGACGGUUCUCAAGACGCCAUUACCGCUAUUUUACAAGCUUCAAUUCUCUCUGUUCUGGUUAUUAUCAUUUUGUUCUUCACUGUCCCCGUUGUUACCGGUCUUUUGGGUCCAUGGAGACCGGUGGAGGAAACCCCAGCAAUGGAAGUCCGACUAUCUACGGACCCAUGACGAGACGUAGAGUGGCUGAUUUCAUGGACGCAGAAAAAUCCAACAUUUCGGAAUUUCCAGACGGAGAAGACAAUACCAAUUCUGGUAACGGUGGGUGCCACGACCACUCCCACCCCCACCACCACCCUGUGAUCCGGUAUUUGUUGGUUCGUCAGGGAUUGUUUUUUCUGCCGGAACCUUUGCUGCUUACCAUGGGGAGUGUGGCUCUAUGGAUGGUUUCGAUGGCGCAAUAUUUCAAAUCAGGGAAGAACUUGGGUCGUCGUGUUUUGCUCAUGCUGAUGUGUUUGGCGGUAUUUUCGGUUUUUCUGAAGUUCUCGUUGAUGAGUAGCCACAUGGAGAUGAAUAGUAAGAGAACAGAGAAUGAGCUUUUGAUUCUUCAGACAGUUAAGGAGGACUGGACAAUGGCCCAGAAGGCCGUCGCCGAGAUUGAGACCGGCGACUCUGGUGUCUCAAAACGUGCGUUGAAUCAAUAUCCGAUUCCUGAAGUUUGGAUGAAACCAAACAGUGAUAAUUAUUAUCAGUGCAUUAAUCGAUCAAAGAAUCAAAUAAGGAGUUCACCCCAUACGAAUGGCUAUAUCUUAGUUCACGCCAAUGGUGGUCUGAAUCAGAUGAGGACAGGAAUAUGCGAUAUGGUCGCAGUCGCAAACCUCAUGAAUGCCACUUUGGUUCUUCCUUCACUGGACCACGACUCCUUUUGGACAGAUCCAAGUGGUUUCAAAGAUAUUUUCAAUUGGAGGCACUUCAUGGAAGUCCUGAAAGAUGACGUUCAGAUAAUAGAAUCUCUGCCACCUCGUUAUGCAGCUAUUAAGCCUCUUCUGAAGGCCCCAGUUUCCUGGUCUAAGCCUGGUUACUACAGAGGAGAUAUGGUGGCAUUGCUGAAGCGGCACAAAGUGAUGAAGUUCACACACACUGAUUCUAGACUUGCCAACAAUGGCCUCUCGAGUUCAAUCCAGAGGCUUCGAUGCAGAGCAAAUUACAGGGCACUCCGGUACGCAAGUGAGAUUGAGGAUCUUGGGAAGAAAUUGGUGGAGAGGCUUAGGAAUGAAAGCAACCCAUAUAUUGCGCUCCAUUUAAGAUAUGAAAAAGACAUGCUUGCAUUCACAGGGUGCAGUCACAACCUGACUGAGAGUGAAGCUGAGGAGCUACGGAUUAUGAGGCACAGAGUCAAGCAUUGGAAGGAAAAGGAGAUCAAUAGCAAAGAGCGGAGGCUCCAGGGGGGAUGCCCCAUGUCCCCAAGGGAGGCCGCUUUAUUCCUCAAGGCCUUGGGUUAUCCUUCUACCACAAAAAUCUAUAUAGUUGCAGGGGAGAUCUUCGGUAGCAACAGCAUUUCUGCACUCCGUUCCGAGUUCCCAAAUGUUUUCUCCCACACAACUCUAGCAACAGACGAGGAGCUGGAGCCAUUCAAGCAGUUUCAGAAUCGCCUGGCUGCGUUGGACUACAUUGUGGCACUCGAGAGUGAUGUCUUUGUUUACACCUAUGAUGGGAAUAUGGCCAAGGCAGUGCAGGGCCAUAGGAGGUUUGAAGGAUUUCGGAAGACUAUCAACCCUGACAGACAAAAUUUUGUGAGACUGAUUGAUCAAAUGGACAUGGGUAUGAUGUCUUGGGAAGAGUUCUCCUCAGAGGUGAAGAGGUUGCAUUCUAAUAGGAUUGGAGCACCAUAUCCAAGACAGGUGGGGGAGACCCCCAGACUUGAGGAGAACUUCUACGCAAAUCCUUUUCCUGGGUGUGUCUGUCAAAAGUCAGAGUUGCAGAUCAGAGACCAGAAAAUGUUGUAUUUAAAAAAACAAAGAUCUGCUGUGCAAAGAUAGAACUCUUUUUCUUCCUUGAAGGAGAUGAUUAGUGCUGUAAAGUAUGCGACACCCAUUCUGCAGGGGCUCAUGUAAAGAAAUGUUUUUAGCCCAGUCGGCAGAUUAUGGUAGCAGAUGAGUUUUGCACUCAACGAUAGGGAUCCUGAGCCCUGAGGCUCCUAAAGCUAUCCCCUGUGCUCUAAAAGCUGAGGAAGACCAGCAUAGCUUUCUGCGAGGAAGCCUUGAGCAGGGAGGAUGGCAUGGUUCUUUUUGAAAGACCAGUCUCAGGCACACAAGCAUCUUCCCAUCAAACAUGCAGUAUGAUGAAACAAUAGAAGAAAAUCAUUCCAUACAUCUUAUUGCAGUCAUAGUUUUUUUUUUUUUUCUUGGGAUCAUCAUUCUUCUUUAUAUUCAUUUUGAUCACUUCUCUUCCAUUGGUUUUGAAAUGCAAUGGCCUAAUUGGGCUUUUAUUGUUGAUUCAAAAAUUCAAAUAAUGUAGUAUCUGCUAAAAAUCAAGAGAAGAACGAGAACCCUCUUUUC